AUGCAGCCGCCACGCCGCGCGCCGCCGCCCGCGCGGCCGGCCAGCGCCGCGCGCCAGCAGCCGGGGCCAGACCUCGGACCGCUCCUCCAGGCGGUCGGCGGCCUGAUCGGCGGCGGCACCGCCGCGGCCGGCGGCGGCCGUGCGGGUGCAUCCGGCGGCAACGCGGGCGCCGGCGGCGCCGGCGGCGCGACCCGCGAUUUAGGCGGCCUCCUGCAAAUGGUCCUGGGUGGCGGUGGCGGCGGCGGCGGGAGCAGCAGCAACGGCGGCGGCGGCAUGCCCGCGCUGCUGCAGGUGGCGGGGCAGAUUGCGAGCGACCCGGCGAUGCAGCCGAUGAUGAAUGCAAUGGCAGGCGCCAUCUUUGGCGGCGGGAACGGCGGCGGUGGCGGCGGUGCGGGCGCGGGGGCGGGGUCGUUGGGGGCGCUGCUCGGUGGCCUGCUGGGCGGCGCCGCGCCAGGCGGCGGCGCUGCGGGGACUCCAGCGGCGGCCGGGGCAGGAGCGGGGCCGCCCGGGGGGGCGGGGGAGGGGAUGGAGUGGGUAGAAGAGGAGCUGCCGCCCGGCGUGGCGGCGGAGUGGCGCCGCGUCAUCGCCGCCGACGAGGCGGCGCAGGCGCGGGCGCGGGCCAGGGGCGGCGGCGGCGCCGACGGGCGGCUGUCGGACAUCUAUGCGGCGGGGGUGCCGCCGCAGCGGUCGCGGGUGGUGCCCUAG